GCUAAUACCGUUAAAAAAAUAAAAAAUGGUCGUUCUACUAUAGAACAAGACGUCACCAGUUGGUGAUAUAUUUCAAGUGGUAGACGUAAUUUAAGAGGUGGAUAAAUCGAACAAAAAUGGAUUUUCUAAAUUACGAUAUUACUGUGAAGGCCUACAAUAAUUAUUGCUUCAUUUAAGUGCAAAAAUCGUAUUCUAACCUCUAAUGAAGAUUGUCAACAAACAUUAACUAUAAAACUUGUUUAAAAGUGUUAUUUCAACAUUGAUCUAGAUAUGAAAAUAUUUAGAGGAAACUUUUUUCAUUGUCUGUUAAGUUGUUAUUUGCUACUUUUAUAAAGUCGGAAUUGAAGAAAGAAGACUGAGAUUAUUGUUAAUAAAAAAUAAUUAAUUGUACCAAGUAUUGUAUUUAUAUACAAAAAGCAUGGAGUCAAAUGAAAGAAAACAAUUACCAAAUGGGGAUGCUACGAGUAAUAGGGACAUUGAUUGGUCCAGAUAUGGUUUACAUAAUACAGAAAUACAAAGAAAUAAUGAAACACGCAGAAAUAAUGGAGAGUAUGAAGAACUUGGUCCUGAAAUGUAUCAGACCGGAGCAAACGAAUUGUUUGCUCAAGAAUACAGCUCUGAUCCUUGGUGGAAAUCAAAUUUUUUUAUCUCCCAACCUGUACUGUUUGGAACAUGGGAUGGUGUAUUUACAUCUUGUCUUAUUAACAUCUUUGGAGUUAUCGUAUUUUUAAGAUCAGGGUGGAUAGUAGGACAGGCUGGUGUUCUUAAUGCAAUACUAAUAAUCUUGUCCACAGUAUUUAUCGCAUUAGUAACAGUAUUGUCUGCUGUUGGAAUAUGCGAACGAUGUAGAGUAGAAAGCGGUGGAGUUUAUUUUUUAUUAUCGCACGUCUUAGGGUCAAGGUCUGGUGGAUCUAUUGGACUGCUGUAUUGUUUUGGACAGGCGGUGGGCUGUGCGCUAAAUGUUCUAGGUUUCGGAGAAUCUAUGGCAGGUUUGGUAGGGUUAGAAUCUGCUUGGACAGAACGCGGUUUUGCAUGCGCGGCUGUUAUCUUGUUAUCUAUUAUCAAUGUUGCUGGUGUCAAAUGGGUCAUAAAACUCCAAUUUAUUUUGUUACUAAUUUUACUUCUUGCUGGGGUAGAUUUUAUGGUUGGAAGUUUUACACACGUGAACGUUGAAGCUGGUUUUGAAGGUUGGUUGUCAGGGAAUUUAAGAAAUAAUACGUUUCCCGACUAUCAAGAUGGAUAUAGUUGGUUUACAGUUUUUGGUGUAUUCUUUCCGACGGUAACCGGUGUCUUAGCCGGGAUUAAUAUGAGUGGAGAUUUAAGGCAUCCGUCUACUGAUAUUCCUAAUGGCACACUGGCUGCUGUAGGAACUGGAACGCUUUUGUAUCUAUGCUUUAUAAUGUUCCUCGCGGCAACUUGUACUCGCAAUACACUUCUCACGAAUUUUAUGAUUGCGUCAAAGGUAUCAGCAAUCUCAGUAUUGCUGUUGGCCGGUCUUUACGUAUCAUCAUUUAGUAGUUGUUUAGGUGCUAUGUACGGCACACCUCGUGUUCUUCAGUCUAUCGCUAGUCAGAAUGUUAUACCGGGAAUGAGUUGUUUACAAAGAGGGAGAGGUCCGAACAAGGUACCCAUAUACGCAAUGUUAGUGGUUGCUAUUGUUACAUUAACAUUCAUUAUUACCGGUCAGAUUAACACACUCGCGCCAAUUGUUACGAUGCCUUUUCUUUUGACAUAUGCAUGCUUGGACUACGCGUAUUUUGCUCUUGCGCAAACAUUCGAUAUACAAUUAAUUCGAGAACAAAGGUUCCGAACACAAUCCCCAACGUUUGAUCGUAAUUAUGGCUGUGCGAGUAGAAAUAAUUCGAUAACGGAUAUGGAUAAUGAUUUAGAUAAUUUGUUUCCUGAAAGGAUAAGACAUAAAAAUCUUAUGGUAAGCAUAUACAAAUAUUUAAUUGAUUACUGUAUAACAAUGAAAAAAAUACUUGUUAAUUAUUUGCAGAGAAAUCCCAGCCUUUCCGAGAAUAAUGUUUACAUAGAUUCUUCGCCAAGUGUUGACGAGAAUGGUAGCGUUGUGGAAACCUCGGAAAGGAAAGUUCAUAUCCACAAUAAGUUAGGGAAUUGGUACAGUCCUUUGUGUAACAGAUGGCUUUCACUGUUAGGUUGCCUCGUAAAAUUGCUUAUUAUGUUUCUUGUUCACUGGGGUUACGCUAUUGCCAAUAUUGUCGUCGUUUUCCUUGUUUGGAGUUACGUGGGUCAUGCUAAUCCUGCGGUUAAGCCUGGAGUUUCAUCCGAAUUUAAAUUCUUUAACUGGCUGAAGAUGUCAUUAUUGAGGCUUAUGGGGAGAAAAGUUUAUGAUUACGAACAAAUUGUUGUUACACCAGCGCAUCCAGGUGUUGAAACAUGUUCAGCUCAAUUGAACGAAGAAAACGAAGAUUUUGCUGGCAGGCGAAGAUAUCAUCAAACAGCUACAGUCACGGGACAAUAUGUCAAUGUUGACUGAGCGCGAAAUAUGGCAGCAUAAUUAGGAAAAUUUGAUGAUGGCUAUAAUAAUCAAGCAAGAGGAAUUGUUUGAAAAUCAUAUUUAAUUUCAUACUGUACCAUACAAUGAAAUAACAGAAGAAGCGUUACAAUUUUUAACGCUGUUAACCGCACAAAAACUAGUCUAAUUGAAAAUAUUUCAUAUCGUAGGCACAAGAAACUUUUUGUAAAGUGCAACACGGUAGCCUUAAAAACGCUAGUAAUCUAUUUAAAAAAUGGGUACACCAAAUGGCUGAAUUAGACAAAGAAUUGCUAACUAACUUUUUCUAACAAUUUAUGCAACAUGUAUCUGAUGCAGUUAACAUACUGCCAGAGGCAUUUUUGAAAUGCAGGGUCCAUAUCUUCACUAAAUUAUUUUAAUAAUUGUGUCUUGUAAUGUGAGAUUAUUUAUUCUUUUAUAAUCCUACUAACGCGUAGUUAGGAUUUAAUCGUAAUAACGUAAAUAUUACAUAAAUAUAUCAGAAGAGAUAUGCCGCAUACAUUGACAUUACAAUAUCAUACUAUUUAUAACGAAUACUCUGUAAAUACAUAGCGAUAAUAUAUUUAUAUGCUAUUUAACAUUUUUAUAAGCGUCACUGCAAAGACGAGUAUAUAUUAACAAAA